CGACGUUCGAUUUUUAAAGCGCGCGUUUGCCCUUCAAGUGACAUUCUGUGAUUGCAGCCGGUCGUGUGAACGCUGUAGGUCGUCAAAAAAACUCAAAAAUGGUGAAAAUUGGAAUUAACGGUUUCGGACGUAUCGGUCGUUUGGUUCUUCGUGCUUCUUUGGAACGUGGGGCCAAUGUGGUUGCUAUUAAUGAUCCAUUUAUUGGAUUAGAUUACAUGGUUUAUUUGUUCAAAUAUGACUCCACCCAUGGACGUUACAAAGGUGAGGUGAAAGCAGAAGGUGGAUUCUUGGUUGUGGAUGGAAAUAAGAUCAGCGUUUUCAGCGAACGCGACCCUAAGAGCAUUCCAUGGGGCAAGAGUGGCGCCGACUACGUCGUCGAAUCCACUGGUGUGUUCACCACAAUCGAGAAAGCCUCAGCUCACUUGGAAGGUGGUGCCAAAAAAGUAAUCAUCUCCGCGCCUUCGGCCGACGCCCCCAUGUACGUUUGCGGCGUGAACUUGGAUGCCUACGAUCCAGCAGCCAAAGUCAUCUCCAACGCCUCUUGUACCACCAACUGCUUGGCCCCACUGGCCAAGGUCAUCAAUGACAACUUCGAGAUCCUUGAAGGGCUGAUGACGACAGUCCAUGCCACCACCGCCACUCAGAAGACCGUGGACGGUCCCUCCGGCAAACUGUGGCGCGACGGUCGUGGCGCCGCCCAGAACAUCAUUCCAGCUUCUACCGGAGCUGCCAAGGCUGUCGGAAAGGUCAUUCCGUCUCUGAACGGUAAAUUGACGGGAAUGGCCUUCAGAGUUCCUGUGCCAAAUGUAUCUGUCGUCGAUUUGACUGUGCGCUUGGGUAAACCCGCCAGUUACGACGACAUCAAGGCCAAGGUUAAGGCGGCAGCUGAAGGGCCUUUGAAGGGCAUUUUGGCUUAUACUGAGGAGCAAGUUGUCUCGACUGAUUUUAUUGGAGACACGCAUUCGUCUAUUUUCGAUGCCUCUGCUGGUAUUCAGUUGAGCCCCACUUUUGUCAAGCUGAUUUCCUGGUACGAUAACGAGUAUGGAUAUUCCAGCAGAGUUAUAGAUUUGAUUAAGUACAUCUCAACUAAAGAUGCUUAAGCAGGAGUGUCCUAAUUUAUAGGUACAUUAGUGGGGUUAGGAUUCAUUGUUAUGCAAACGUGAAGGUUAUCGAUAUGUUAUGAUGUAACGAUGUAAGCGGUAAUAUUGUAAAGGAAUGUAAAAUUCUAAACGUUCUCACUAAUGUUAUAUCGGUUUUUUCUUUGUUUUGAAUAGUUUGUCAUUGUCAAAAUAAUUAGCAUACUGAAUUUAAGAUUGAACUAAAUUUGGUAUUUUGUGAAGAUUUGUAUUUAUAAAUCGGUAAUCAUGUCACAACAUCAUAAGCAUAAUAAUAUGAAGACUAGUCUAUAGCGUCCAAGGCCCCCAAACAUUUCACAUUUGAUUAUUUAUGUACUGUGUAUUUUUAUCUAUUCAGAUCAUUUAUGUAAUAAAUGUGCAGAAUUCGCGACAAUAAAUUAUUAUUUAAACCUUA